AUGGAUCCUCCCCGGGUUCUGCUCUCGGCCGUGUUCCUCAUCGGCUUCCUGUGGGAUUUGCCUGGUUCCCAGCAGGCGUCCAUCUCCUCUUCCUCGUCCUCUGCCGACCUGGGCUCCGCCAAGGGGAUGCGAAGCCGCAAGGAAGGGAAGAUGCCCCGGACGCCGCGAGAGAGUGCCACGGCCCGGGCGCCCCCGGAGCUGGAGCUGGAGCUGGAGCCGCAGCCGCAGCCGCGGGCGCAAGAGGAGCCGCAGCCGCCGCCGCCGCCGGCGCAGGAGCCUCCGGGCGGGAGCCCGCGCGUGGUGCCCCACGAGUACAUGCUGUCACUCUACAGGACUUACUCCAUCGCCGAGAAGCUGGGCAUCAACGCCAGCUUCUUCCAGUCUUCCAAGUCGGCCAACACGAUCACCAGCUUCGUGGACAGGGGGCUCGACGAUCUCCCGCACACCGCCCUCCGGAGACAGCAGUAUUUGUUUGAUGUGUCCACGCUCUCAGACAAAGAAGAGCUGGUGGGCGCGGAGCUGCGGCUCUUUCGCCAGGCGCCCGCGGAGCCCCGGGGGCCGCCCGCCGGGCCGCUGCGCGUGCAGCUCUCCCCGUGCCUGUCGCCCCAGCUGCUGGACGCGCGGACCCUGGACCCGCAGGGGGCGCCGCGGGCCGGCUGGGAGGUCUUCGACGUGUGGCCGGGCCUGCGCCACCGGCCGCGGGAGCAGCUGUGCUUGGAGCUGCGGGCCGCGUGGGACGCGCCGGGCGCCGGGGAGGACGCGGGGGCGCACGCGCCGGGGGCCCCCGAGCGGCGGCGGCCGCCGCCCCCGGACCUGCGGAGCCUGGGCUUCGGCCGGAGGCGGCGGCCCCCCCAGGAGCGCGCCCUGCUCGUCGUGUUCACCCGGUCCCAGCGCAAGAACCUGUUCGCCGAGAUGCGCGAGCAGCUGGACUCGGCCGAGGCGGCGGGCCCCGGCGCGGGGUCGUGGCCGCCGCCGUCGGGCGCCCCGGACGCCGGGCCUUGGCUGCCCUCGCCCGGCCGGCGGCGGCGGCGCACGGCCUUCGCCAGCCGCCACGGCAAGCGGCACGGCAAGAAGUCGAGGCUGCGCUGCAGCAAGAAGCCCCUGCACGUGAACUUCAAAGAGCUGGGGUGGGACGACUGGAUUAUCGCGCCCCUGGAGUACGAGGCCUACCACUGCGAGGGCGUGUGCGACUUCCCGCUGCGCUCGCACCUGGAGCCCACCAACCACGCCAUCAUCCAGACGCUGAUGAACUCCAUGGACCCCGGCUCCACCCCGCCCAGCUGCUGCGUGCCCACCAAAUUGACUCCCAUCAGCAUCCUGUACAUCGACGCGGGCAACAACGUGGUCUACAAGCAAUACGAAGACAUGGUGGUGGAGUCCUGCGGCUGCAGGUAG